AUGGCUUCCAAGAACGACCAGCUUAACGACCAGCAGCCUCUAUCGUCGACCGGUCUUCUUGUCCUCACCACAAAGAUACUUGGCAGGGGCACUGACUCGGGCCGGGACCUCUCCCCUUCUCUUCUCGCCUCUGUGCCCCAGCGUCAUCCUCAUUUCCAACUGACGGCCGUGGAGUCGUGGACUGGACCCUCUUAA